CAGAGCUUCUCAACAUCACAAUGACUCUGAGGAGUGGAUAAUAAUGUUAUAUGGUUUAUCCAGUGAGCAGCUGGAUCAAUAUUUGAGGUGAAGAAAUCGAUGUCGACUGUCUCUGAGCAACACCUAUUGGGAAGUACUCUUGGAUUAACCGCUGGGCUCUGAAGCUAAACACCUUAAAAUGUCAGAUCACGAGGACCUAAAUAAAGCCAUUGGACACUGGAACGCCUCGGAGAGCUACCAGCUCAACCCAGCCAGCGUCAUUGUGUCGGUGGUCUUCUCGCUCAUCUUCCUUCUGGGAACAAUUGGGAACAGCCUGGUUCUCGCUGUGCUUCUCAGAAGCGGGCAAGUCGGAUAUAACACCACCAAUCUCUUUAUCCUCAACCUCAGCGUAGCUGAUUUCUUCUUCAUUAUUUUCUGCGUGCCUUUCCAAGCCACCAUCUAUUCUCUAGAGGGCUGGGUGUUCGGUUCCUUCAUGUGCAAAGUGGUUCACUUCUUCAUCAACCUCACCAUGUACGCUAGCAGUUUCACCCUUGCUGCCGUCUCUGUGGACAGAUAUCUAGCCAUACGUUACCCCCUGCGCUCCAGAGAACUGAGGACGCCCUGUAACGCUGUUGUCGCAAUGGUAGUCAUCUGGGGCCUGUCUCUCGUUUUUGCCGGUCCCUAUUUGAGUUACUAUGACCUCAUCGAGUUUGAAAACAGCAACGUGUGCGUACCGGGCUGGGAGGAAUAUAAUCGUAAAGUGCUGGAUACCUGUACCUUCGUUUUCGGCUACGUCAUUCCUGUGCUCAUCGUAAGCCUGUCGUACACACGAACCAUCAAGUACCUCUGGACGGCGGUUGACCCUUUGGACGGCAUGUCGGAGUCCAAGCGUGCCAAACGAAAGGUCACCAAGAUGAUCAUCAUAGUCACUGUGCUUUUUUGCAUCUGCUGGCUACCGUACCACGUGGUCAUUUUGUGCUACCUUUACGGAGACUUCCCGUUCAACCAGACCACGUACGCUUUCAGACUGCUGUCCCACUGCAUGGCCUACGCCAACUCGUGCCUCAACCCCAUCGUUUACGCGCUGGUGUCCAAACACUUUCGCAAGGGCUUCAAGAAGGUGUUCAGCUGCAUCCUCAGCAAAAAGGGCCGGAACAAGGUGCACGUGGUCCACGUGGCGAACACCGUUCCCGGCUUUGAGGCCGGCUCCACUGAAGUGUCCCAAAUGAACGAAGAGAACGCCAGACAGAACGAGAACGAAAUGGUCAACCGCCCAAUCACCGAGCCGCAGAACACGACCAUGACCAUAACGUUGCCCUUUCAGAAUCAGCCAUGAUGGAGCGGAGAACGGCUAAUAAUGCCUUACAGAAAGCCUUAUUAAAGACCUCAAACAGAGCCGAGGAUUUUAGCAGCAUCGAUCCACAUCACCAUGGUUUUUUGUUGACUGAAUAAGUACAGCAAAGACUCCGGUUAUUUAAGGUUCAAAUCACUGAACAAACUGAAAAUGUGUUUUCAAUUGGUUUGGAACGAACACACUUUUUCGCUUUGCUUUCUUAUUUUGGCUGUAAUGCUGGAAUAUGUUUAUUCGCAAGCUCUUGUUACUGAGCAGCAUUUUGUGUUUGUUUGUUUGUUUAAGUGUUCUCCUCAGAGCAUGUUUCAAUUUAAUGCUGUGAUGACUAUUCUCCUGUGAAAAUCUGUAAGCGAUUAUUGUACGUAACAUGCUUUAAUAUCUGAAGAGCGUAGUAUCUUUACAUGUGUGAAGCUGUGAUUUAUUUAUCAGGCUUUGAAGAGAAAUCUUGAUUGUGCUCCUUAGCCUCUCCUUACAAGCUCUUUACAAAAUGUGCUUAUGUUAAGUAUGUUCUUGCUCUCACCUCCAACUCAAAUAUUUCUAGUGACUUGUUAAAUUUUUAUUUCUUAUUGUCUCAAUUAAAGUUAUGUACAUUUAAUAAUAGUCACAAGUGAUCACUAGAACAUUUUGAGUUCAGUUCAGAAUUGUUUACAGUGUUUGUGUUUUUCUGCUGUUGUAAAAUGUCUUGAAACUUGAUUAUUGAGUUUACACCCAGCUGAAAAAACAACAGAACAUGAUAAAACACAACAGAUCAUUUAAUGGAUUUAGGGCCAGAUUGUCAGAACAGGGCAAAAUUGCGCGAGAGCACGAUUUAAAAAAAGUGCAGACGGGAGUGAAAAGUUCUGCUGUUGAUUUACUAGCAGGCGUACAUUAAAAACGCAGGCGCAAUAUCUCAUUCCCAUAAUCUACCAAGAGCAGCCGAUUUACUAUUGGGUUUAAGACAUGCUCUUUUAGACGUUAAAUAAAGCCGCAAAUACUGUACCAGUACAAAGAUGAGUGCAAACCUUAGAGCGCAAAAAUUAGUAAACCACGUUGCGUGAUUUAUCUAAAUACUCUCCUCCAAUUAAGUUUGCAUCUGAAGAAACUCCUAUAGAUGCAAUACAAAUGCAGUCAAAUAAACUGUGUCCAUGCCUUUACAGCACGAAAUUGUGUCUUAAGUACAAACAAACAUUCAUUUUUCAAAAAGAGGUGUUUGUGCUGCAAACUGUUCAUAAAUCUGGCCUUUAAUGGAUAUAAUUGGAAUAUUAUAGGUUUUAAUGUAAAUCAUAAUGCCGUCUGUAUGUGAUGGAUUCUAUUGGUGGGGUGUUAUCUGGAAGAUCAAUCCUAUUGGAGUAAUGCCCAAAACACGUUUUGUAAUGAAUUUCGUAAUGGUUUUAAUGGAAAAAGUUGGUUCAAAAUGGUAUUUUAAUGGAAACCAUUAGACUUUUUGUACUGGUUUCUAUUGGGUUUCUAAUGGUUUUUUUUCAGCCGGGCAUAAUAGCUGCACUUCAAAUUCUACACGCUGCUCAGAUCUUCUAAUGUUUACUACAGCCAAAUAAACAUAGCUAAACCGUAUAUUUAUC